ACGUCUUCGGACAUGGCGAGGAGCGUCGGCGGCAUCCUCCUAUUAGCAACUGUGCUGUCGUUCACGCGGGCAGACGAGCGGGCGCAGUUCAGAAACGAACACGAGCGACGAUGGAACACGCCGCCGGAACUGACGCCGGAGUCGGUCGUCAAGAUGUCGAGUAAUGGGGAACCUCAAGCUCGUCUCCUUUCCCUCAUCCCUGUCACGGCGACUAUCAGUUUGAACGCGGGACACAACAAUGCGCACUCCGUCAGCCUGGGUGCGAGCCUCGACGGUAUUAGUCUCUCGGAAAGUAACAGCUACAAUCACCCUGCCGGGUUUAGGAAUGAUGGAUCCUCCGUUUCUGUAAGCAAAUCAACGUCAGUUUCGGCAGGACUAUCGGGAAUCUCCACCUCGGGUGCGAAAGCUUAUAGCAAUGGUAACGAUGCUAAAACCGAAAGCCACUCGCUCAGCUUCGGUCAGGCGGCUGCAUCUUCGUUCGGGGUGGUUGAAAACGGGCAAGCUAUUACCGGCGCUGCUUCUUCCGUUGGUAUUUCGCAAUCUUCCGCUGUAAGUGGUGCCAGUCAAGGGACAUCCUUUUCGCAAGUCGGUGCUGCCAGUGUGCAAUAUCCAAAUCGACCGACAUGGAAUAAUGUUGGUCCAAGUAGGGACUACAAUGACCGACGAGUCGGCCGUCCCACCUUGACCAUCUCGAAGCCACACGAUGGAAGACGACCGACAUUGAGUAUCGAGACGCACGACACGUCCCGCCAUCAACAAACGCCGACGAUUCACAUCUACAAGUGGCAAUCCGACCAAAGGGGCCUCCCUCGGCCAAGUUUGUCGAUUGAACACGACCUUCGACCGCAUGAGUCUUGGAAUGGCCAAUCUCACGGAUCGCCAAGCCUUCAAGUCGGCGUGGUCGCUUCGCCUUACGGAUUUUCGGCCAGUGACUCAGCUUCUCAGAUCAAUACGAGUCCUUUGGACUUCGCAUCCUCGUCAAGCAGUCAAGCGCACACCUCGGAAUAUGCUCAAAGUCAUGCUCAGAGUUUCGCGUCGUUCUCUCAUCGGAAUGCCGACGGACGAACACAGAGCAGCGCGUCUUCCGGUUACGUUUCUGGGGAUUCCUACGGCGAAGGUCACGCCAAAGGUACGUCGGCCUCGGGGUACCGAGGUGGGAGUUCCGUGGCGCAGGUCAACGCUCAGGCCUCUGGGAAUGGACACGUUCAAGGAAUUGCGUCGUCCGAAGCAGGAUCCUUCGUGAGGUUUCCCGAAGGUAGAAGCGCGCAGGCUAUUCCACUGCGACACGUUGGUGGUGAAGCGAAUUCUAGAAAGAAACAAUCCGAUAGCGACAUAAUUUCCGAGCUCGCGCAGGCCGUCGGAGAAUUGUUUGACGUUGUGUGAAGGCGAUGGCUAUUUAAGUAAGGAAAAAGAUGUUAUUUGUUUUAAUAUACUCUCUAAGGUACAAUUAAUGUAUUCUUCGUUAAAUUGCUAUGUUGAUAACUGAUGGCUUAGUUAUGAUUGUAGCAUUGGAAUCAGUAAAACCUCGCUGAGAAGAUCAUAGUA